AUGGAACCUCAAAGCGCGGAGGCGAAGCCCAAUGACAGGACUAUUAGCAGCGUCACGCAAGUUCACGAGAAAGCCAUCCAGGAAUUGACGAAAUCGAACCGAGCUUUCUUCUUGUGCUUAAAAUCAUUCUUUGAGAACCAUAAGAGAGAGGGUUGGUUGAAGAGACUCGUAACUUCUUCAACGCCAGUCGACAAGGCGUAUCAAAGUUUGCACCACCACGCUGGGAGUUUCUUCCGCCUCGUGGAGUCUAGUAUAAGGGUUUCGUCGGCUGGAGUAGCAAUCACAAAAAUGGCAAUAUUCCUUUUAAGCGCACCAGCCGGCCCUCCAAUCCAAGUAAUACAGCUAGCGACACGAUUAAGGCCGUACGCAGUACAGUGCCGUUUGGAGGCUAAGAAAAUGGAGAACGCCUGCAGAGAACUCCGCACACAGAUUAUGGAUACGUAUAAAUCGGUGGGGUUCGAAGUAGAAAGUUAUAACAAACACGACAUGGACAACACAGAUGCGCUGCAAAACAUACAAGAUGGAGGCCUCCUCAAAGCGCUCACCGAUUCCGUUGGCCAGUUAGCGGAUACAAUCACGAAAUUAGUGAGCUGGUGGGGCGACGUGGAGAUCGACUUGAGUAAUAUCACCAACCUGAUAGACGUGAGCCGGGGUGUUUCGCUCUUGAUUAGGACAUGGGAAGAUCUGCAGCGUAGUUAUCAGCUAUACAACAAAGAGAUUAUGGUGCAACAAGAUUAUUACAAGUCGGAAUUGCGAUACGCACUCCCUAACCGUGGGCUUCUUUCGUUCUUUCGCAAAUGA